UGCAAUUUAAUCAUCAAUGAUAACUUUAUAUAAAAUCCUUGUUUGAUCUAAAUAUGUGCGUUCUCCUUUAAGGUGAUACAGAGUGUAAAUUUUGAUACAAUUAUUGUAAAUUGUUAAUCAGCAUCAAUAUGGCAGUUAAUGAAUGUUCAGCGAAAUCCUUUUACAAUAUAAAGGAAAAACAGAAGGCCAUUACUGAGGAAGAAGCAAACUACUUGCGGAUUAUCAAUCUUAUGCUAAAAGUAGCUCCACAAGCAGUAAGAAUGACAUUUGACAAAGAGUUUCCCUCUGGAGGAUUACAAAAAGUGCUAAAUCAGAAUAAGUUUAAGGUUCUUGACCCAUUGAAGAGAAAUCGAGUAAUCAACCAGAAACAGUGGAAUUUAUUAUUUCCCAGAACAGACUGUUGUUCGUCUAGGUGGUAUCGACUUUCAACAAAAAUGUAAUGAUUUAAAAGUGUCCACACUAGAUAAAAAUGAUAUGGAAAUAUUGAACGAGUUCAGAAAUAAUGAGAGGUCAAACAAUCCAAUUUCGAAAGGAUUUCAAGAGGUGCUUGACAGUAUAAUCGAUGGAUGGAAGAUACUGGAUAAGCAAGUGGUUGAAACAUCAGCUAUUCAAAAUCUUAAAGAACUCGCUACAACUGCAGAUACCAUAACAGUAAUUGGGUCUCCUGGCUGCGGAAAGUCAACUGCUGUGCACAAUCUUGCACUUCAAUUGCAUCUUUAUCAAGAUUACGACAUUAUUGAUAGUCAUGAUCCCAUGGAUUUGAGAAAUUAUUUUAACCCUGAAAGGAAACAGAUAUUUGUCUUCGAUGAUGUUUAUGGAAAAUAUAUGUUAGAACAACCAAAAAUUGAAACUUGGUCGAGACUGUCAGAGCAGAUUAACAAGAUUCUGCAAAAAAAAACUGUUAAGAUUUUUUCAUCAUGUAGAACACACAUAUAUAAUCAAAUGGAAAAAGACAAUGCUGUCAUUUGCAGAACUGUUUUUAAUUUGUUGUCAGAUGAACAUAUUUUAACUGUUGAUGAAAGGGUCCUUAUGGCAGGGAAAUACCUUCCUGAAUAUACUGUUGCUUCCAUCAUGAAAACAGAACGCUUUAAUGAAUACGAUUUUUUUCCACUCUUAUGUAAACUUUCUGCUAACAAAACACCAAAAGAUAUAGACAAAUUAUUUUCUCGACCUGUUGAUUUUGUCCGACAGGAUUUGCAUUCUAUGAUGAAGCUGAGCGAGCAAACAACUAUAGCUACAUUAUUCUUAUUUGUAAUUUACAACAACUGUUUAACAAAAGAUGUUUUAUGUAGAGCGUCUGAAAUCAGACCAAUUUUAGAUGAUUUGUCAGAGGAGUUCAAAAUUCCCUUUGUUUUUUUCCAUCAAAAGAGUGAAACAACAGUUAGAGUUUUUAAUGGAGUCUUACGUCAUUGAAACUGAAAAUAAGUACAAAGUUAUUCAUGAUAAAAUCUUCGAUAUUAUGAUUUUUGUUUUUGGGCAGUACAUUUUUGAUCUAGUUAUUAAGUAUGCUCAUUCAGAUUUAAUACGUGAUCGUUUCCAAUUUGAAUCCGUAGGAGCGCCUGAAAGUGAAAAUAUGAUUAUCGUAUCUGUUGAAAAGGAAGGAGACUAUCUUGAACGCUUGUGCACAGAUAUAAAAAAAGGCAAUGUUGAACAUGUAUUUUUAAAUCAUCAGCUACAAUACCAGUUAUUUCGAACGAAACUUAUUUCAUGGUUUGAAAACAAUAAAGCCGAUCUAGCAGGACCAAUGUCAAUGCAUUCAAACGAGAAGUCUUCUCCAUUGCUGAUUAUGACAAAACAAGGAUACUGCGAUAUGAUCCGUUUGCUUAUCGAUAUGAAUUUGGAUAUAAAUGUUUGCGACGAAUAUCAAAGAACACCAUUAUUCAUAUCAUGUUGGGAGGGAAAUGUAGACAUAGUUCAUUUACUAUUAAACAACAAAUGUAACCCUGAUCUGUGUAGCAAAUAUGGCAUGUCUGCUCUGUAUGUUGCGUCAUGGAUGGGAUUUAGUCCUAUUGUAAAGUUGCUGUUAGAAAGUAAAUGCAAAAUGAAUAUUGGUGAACAUAAAAAUUGGAACCCUCUAUACAUUGCUUCCGAUUUAGGAUACAGCAGUAUAGUUGAAUUAAUCUUAAAACACAAUUCCUUUUAUCAUUUCAGUAUUGUUGACCCUAAAUCACCCUUGUGCAUUGCUCUCUCGAAGAAACAUUUACAAAUUGUAAACAUUAUCUUAAGACCGACUUGUUCUUCAGAUACCUGUAAUAAGUAACGUAAGUCAACGUUAAGCAUUGUUUUGCACAAAAUCCAUGCAAUGCUUUUUAAAUCUAUUGUUGAAAUUUUGAACGAAAAAAAAAGUGAUGACCUAGUACAGUAUUUUAAAAGUGAUAAUAUUCAUGCAGAUGUUUUAGCAUUAUUAUCAUCGCACAAGUGUAAUGGUGUUUGCUGUGGUAACAUUUUAAGAGAGUAUAAACUGUUUUUUUUAAUUUCCAUAGCAUAUGGAUAUGAAAAUGCUGUUUCACUUCUGUUGAAGGAUCAAAUUCAUGCUGGAAAUUUUUGUCAAGAUGACAAGUCACCUAUAACUCUGGCUUUGGAAAAUGAAAACAUCUUAAAUAUGUUAUUGGAAAAUGAUUUCUUUCAAUUUUGUAAGUCACAUCAACAGCUUUUAUGUAAAGCAGCAUCGCAAGGAUUUGUAAAAAUUGUGGAGUUAUUAUUACAGUAUAAUGUAACUCCCAAUGAUUGUAAUAACUUUCGCGAGU